CCCAGUCCUUCAUCAAAAGCUCGACUCUCUUCCCAUCUGAUUCCUCCACCUCCUUCCUGCUCUCGCCUCUCUGGAAAGGGGGAGAAAAAAGACUCUUCUUUUGGAGAAAAACCAUGGAUAUUCCCAGGUGGGUCUUCUUCGUUUUUCUUCUCGACCUGUUGUGCACGCCUUGCCUCUCAUCCGAUUCUUCCUUGAGCUCAAAUGGGUCGCCGGGAUUACCCCAAAAGUUGCUCGAUUUCGCCAAAAGCCGAGAUUUUUCCGAGUGGAUGAUUGGCAUUAGGAGGAAGAUACACGAGAACCCUGAAUUGGGCUACGAAGAGUUUGAGACCAGCAAGCUCAUAAGAUCAGAAUUAGACAAAAUGGGGAUUCGAUACACGCACCCGCUUGCCGUAACUGGAGUUCUUGGCUUCAUUGGGACUGGCAAGCCUCCUUUUGUCGCUUUAAGGGCCGACAUGGACGCUCUUCUCUUGCAGGAAAUGGUGGAGUGGGAGCACAAGAGCAAAGUUCCUGGGAAAAUGCAUGCUUGUGGACAUGAUGCUCACGUUGCAAUGCUUCUUGGUGCUGCAAAGAUCCUUCGAGAGCAUCAGGAAGAGAUACGAGGCACAGUGGUACUUGUCUUUCAGCCGGCGGAAGAGGGUGGUGGAGGAGCUAAAAAGAUGAUCGAUGCCGGGGCACUUGAGAAUGUAGAUGCUAUUUUUGGGCUACAUGUUGCACCUCAUUUGCCUGUUAGUGUAGUGGCUUCAAGGCCUGGCCCUCUUUUGGCUGGGAGCGGUUUCUUCGAAGCGGUCAUAAGCGGAAAAGGUGGUCAUGCUGCAAUUCCUCAGCACUCAAUAGAUCCUAUACUUGCAGCAUCUAGUGUGGUUGUUAGCUUACAACAUCUCAUUUCACGGGAAGCUGAUCCUCUGGACUCUCAGGUUGUGACGGUCGCAAAAUUCCAAGGAGGUGGAGCAUAUAAUGUUAUUCCGGAUUCUGUUACUAUUGGCGGCACCUUUCGAGCCUUUUCAAAAGAGAGCUUUAUGCAUCUAAAGCAGCGAAUUGAGGAGGUUGUAACCAAGCAAGCUGCUGUUCAGAGGUGCCAUGCCACCGUUCAUUUCUUUUCAGAGGAAAAGCCCUUCUUCCCACCGACCAUAAACGACGACUACUUGCAUGAGCACUUCAAGAAAGUCGCUGGCGAAUUGCUCGGCCCUAGUAAUAUCAAUGAUAUGCAGCCAAUGAUGGGAUCAGAGGACUUCUCGUUUUACCAGGAACUGAUACCUGGCUACUUCUUCUUCCUCGGAAUAGGGUUUGAUACAGGCGAACACUACGAGUCGGGGCACUCGCCCUAUUUCAAGAUAAACGAAGACGGACUUCCUUAUGGUUCUGCGCUUCAUGCAUCUCUGGCUAUUAGAUAUCUUCUUGAUCAACAGCAAAAGUUCCUGUCUGUCGAGGGAGGGCGCCGAGAUGAAUUAUAAGGAUGAUCAUUGGUUUAAAUAAACAAGUGAUGAAGAAUAGUAUUCCCAAA